AUAAAGUGUAAAGUUGAAGCUAUCAAGUAAUCUAGGUACCGAUGAACUUUAUUUGUCUUCUCCACAACAAACUUCAUUGGUUUUACUGUAAUCGGAUCUUGCUUAUCGAAUUCCGACCUUAUAAUUCUUUCCAUUUGCUCAAACGAAAUCGUGCAAAUAAACUGUGGAGCUGGUUUAAAGGAGCAAAGCAAAGCUUUCUUUCAAUCGUCUAUUCGAAGAGCUAUUAUUUCUUGGAGAUCCCGUUUCUUUUUUUCUUUUGAUUGCCUUUACUUACACUAACCCACACUAAAAAAGUUAUAGCAUCAAUCACUAUGCCUGCUACUGCCACUCAAAUGAACACCAAGAGUGAUAUUCAAUCCAAGAAAUUGAUGUCCGCAUCCAACCUCUCCAAGAAUGAUGUCGAUUCUAAGAAAGCUGAGGACCUAUUAAGCGGCCUUUCAGCUGAUGCUGAACAUGCAGUUAUUGCUGAAGAGCUCGCUGAAUUUGUGAAGACCAACGGCAUUCUUUCCCUCGAAAAAUGCAAUAUUCUCAGUGCUCUCACCAAGGAAUUCAACAAUAAGAAGAAUGUCAAUGCUCGCUUAGGCGCAAUUGCCGCUUUUACUGCACUCGUCAAUAAUUCAGUAGAUCACCAAGUUGAGCCUUUUGUUUUACCAUUCUUGACCAACUUGUUAGAAUUGCAAGCCGAUAAGCAAAAUGCUGUGAAGGACGCUGCAUUUGCUGCUGCUGAAAAUUUGAUCAGUAAGAUCAACCCUCAAGCUUGUGCUCUUACUGUUCCUCAUAUUUUGCAAGGUCUUGGUAACUCUUGUAAAUGGCAGACGAAGAUGGCUGCUCUCCAAUUAUUGAGCAAGCUGACUACCGUUCAUCCCAAAGAGUUCUUUGUCGCAAUCCCCGAUGUUGUUCCCGUUGUUUCUGAUUGUAUGUGGGAUACUAAGACUGAUGUCAAGAAGCAAGCUACUGAGACGAUGGGUGAUAUCUGUAAAUUGAUUGAAAACAAGGAUAUUGAACGUUUCAUUCCUGCUGUCAUUGCUUGUAUUAAUCAUCCCGAAAAUGUGCCUGAGACCAUCCACUUACUUGGUGCUACCACUUUUGUCCAAGAAGUCGACUCUGCAACUUUAUCUAUUAUGGUUCCUCUCUUGAACCGUGGUUUGAACGAACGAGCCACCCCUAUCAAGCGUAAAUCUGCUUUGAUCAUCGAUAACAUGUCCAAGCUUGUCGAUGACCCUGAUGUAGCUGCUCCUUUCUUACCUCUUUUAUUACCUGCUCUUGAAAAGGUCCAAGACGUAGUUGCUGAUCCCGAAUGUCGUGGUGUCGUUCAAAAGGCUCUUGCUACUCUUCAACGUGUUGGUAACCCCGCCACUGAGGUUUUCACAAAGGUUCAAAAGCAAGUCAAGGUUGAGUCUUCCAUUAAAGAACUCUUGCCAUCUGAUUUAGAUGGUGCUUUCGAACCUACUGUCAAAUAUAUGAAUGAUGUUGCCCUAUCUCUCUGUGUUGCCAAGAACUUCUUUAAGAAUGUUUGGAUAGAAGCUCUUGUACCUUACGCCAAAUCCUUCUAUAAUGAUAGUGAUGCUGAAAACCUUGCUGUUACAGCUUUGAACAAGUGUGAAGAGGCUGUCACUCCUAAAGAUCCCGAAGAAGAAGAUGACGAAGGUGAAGAUCUUUGUAACUGUGAAUUCUCCCUUGCUUAUGGUGCCAAAAUCUUGUUGAAUCGUACUGCUCUUCGUCUCAAGCGUGGGCGUCGCUAUGGCCUGUGUGGUGCAAAUGGCUGUGGUAAAUCCACUUUGAUGCGUGCUAUUGCUAAUGAACAAGUGGAAGGCUUUCCUCCUCGUUCUGAGCUGAAGACCGUUUAUGUCGAACACGAUAUUGAUGGCUCUGAAGCCGACACUCCUCUAGUUGAUUUCAUUCUGGCUUCAGAAGGUGUCGAAACUAAGGAUCCUGAAGAAGUUCGUAAGAUUUUGUUGGAGUACGGUUUUUCUGAAGCUAUGGUGACAAAGAUGGCUAUUGGUGAACUCUCUGGUGGUUGGAAGAUGAAGCUCGCUCUUGCUCGUGCUAUGUUAAUGAAUGCCGAUAUCCUCUUAUUGGACGAACCCACCAAUCACUUGGAUGUUGUCAACGUUGCUUGGUUAGAAAACUACCUUUUGGGUCUCAAGACUGUUACUUCUAUCAUUGUUUCUCACGAUUCUGGUUUCUUGGAUCAUGUCUGUUCUGAUAUCAUUCAUUAUGAACCUAACUAUAAGCUUAAGCGUUAUAAGGGUAACUUGUCUGAAUUUGUCAAGAAGGUUCCUCGUGCUGCCUCCUACUACUCUCUUGAGGCUUCUCAAAUCAAAUUCAAAUUCCCUGAACCUGGAUUCUUGGAAGGCAUCAAGACCAAGGAGCGUGCUAUCUUGAAGAUGAAGAAUGUUGAUUUUCAAUACCCCGGGUCAGACAAGAAGCAAUUGCUCGAUAUCACCAUGCAAUGUUCUCUUGCCUCCCGUGUUGCUGUCAUUGGCCCCAACGGUGCUGGUAAAUCAACUUUGAUCAAGUUAUUAACUGGUGAGAUCGAAGCUCAAACCGGUACUGUCUGGAAGCAUCCCAACUUGCGUAUUGCUUACGUUGCUCAACACGCAUUCCACCACAUCGAAAAGCACUUGGAUUUUACUCCCAACGAAUACAUCCAAUGGCGUUACGCUACUGGUGAGGAUCGUGAAGAACUCGAUAAGAACGACCGUAUGGCCAACACGGAUGCUCAAAAGAAGAUCAUGGAACAAACUUUCGUCAUUGAUGGUGAAAAGCGUGUCUUGGAGGAAAUUGUCGCUCGUCAAAUGGGCUUUGGCAAGAAGAUUGCUGAAGUCGAUGCUGCUGAAGCUGCCAAGAUGGGUCUCAACCGUCCUUUGACCUCUAAGGAAAUCGAAAAGCACUUGGCUGAAGUUGGUCUUGAACCUGAAUUCGCUACUCACUCUCGUAUUCGUGGUCUCUCUGGUGGUCAAAAGGUCAAGCUUGUCAUUGGUGCUGCUAUGUGGAACAAACCGCAUAUGUUGGUUCUUGACGAACCUACCAAUUACUUGGACCGUGAAUCCCUAGGUGCUCUUGCCAUGGCUAUCAAAGAAUUUGGUGGUGGUGUUGUCAUUGUUACUCACAACCGUGAGUUUACAGAAGCUCUUUGUAACGAAGUUUGGAAAGUCGAUGCUGGUCGCUUAACUCCAUCUGGCCACAAUUGGGUUUCCGGUAAUGGUACUACUGCUGUCAAAGAAGAAGAACAAGAAGAUAUGGUUGAUGCUCAAGGUAAUACCAUCAAGGCCGUACAGAAGAAGAAGAAGUUGACUUCUAAGGAACUCAGAAAGAAGAAGAAGGAACGUAUGGAACGUCGCAAGCGUGGUGAAGAAGUUUAUACUACAGAUGAAGAAUUAUAGAUCAUUUAAUCUCCACUUCGCACUUUAUUUAUAUAUCAUACUCAUCAUUUUACAAUUCGUAUAACAUAUUUUAAUGUAUUUUUUCUACAGCCAUAUCCAUUAUACAUUUGAUUGAACUUGUAUAAAAUUUUAUUUGCUUAACAUUCUCCGUUUUCUUGUCUUAUCCUACUUCUCUCAUUCAUUGUUCUCAUUGUGUUGUGCGCUCUUAUUAACAUUAUAUAGAUGGCUUCUUCGCACGUAAACUAAGUCUACGAUUAGAGAAACCAAUAUGUAACAAGACCUGUAGCUUUACACUUAUAUGUGGAAAUUUGAAAGAAAUUU